GGUUGUGGGUAGUGUUUGGUAUAUAUAACUCAUCAUCAUAUCAUCCUUUCGGCAAAAUAAAGUUUCUCAACAGUUUCCUAAAACUAACUAAUCCACAAUGUUAGCACUAUCUCCUAAUGUAUUUCCAACCUUUGGAUGGCCUUUGGAGGAACCCACAACCGUUGAUCAAGUCUCUUAUUUUUCUAGAGAUCAGCCUCGGCCAACUACUAACAGUCUUCUUUAUUAUCAGGCUCAACAAGAAAUAUUCUUAGAGCCUGAUCUUCAGUCCACAUCUUUCACAGCUUGUACUAGCAGCGCUGAUCCUACCAUGACUAAGAAGCUUAAUCAUAAUGCAAGUGAGCGUGAUCGUCGCAAGAAGAUGAACACUCUCUACUCUUCCCUCCGCUCGCUAAUUCCGUCUUCCGAUCGAAUGAAGAGGCUGAGUAUACCAGCUACAAUUUCAAUGGUGCUGAAGCACAUACCAGAAUUACAGCAACAGCUGGAGACAUUAGUCCAAAGGAAGGAAGAACUUUUAUUAAAAUUAUCAAAACAGGAUAAUCUAAUCAUUAAUCCUCAACUAAACAAAAGAAAAAAUACUUGUCAGAAUACUCUCUCAAUAGUAUCUGCUAAUCAACUUGGUGACAAAGAAAUUGUCAUGCAAAUUUCUACCCACAAUAACACAACACUUCUGUCUGAAAUCUUGCUUUUCUUGGAGGAGGAAGGCCUUGUUUUGACUAAUUCUUCUUCCUUUCAAUCUUCUGAUGGCAAGGUCUUUUACAAUUUACAUUUUCAGGUGGAAGGAAGUUAUAGAGUGGAGUGUGAUGCUUUAAGUGAGAAGAUUGCGUCUUUAUAUGAGAAGAAGGAUGAAUUUUUUCGUGAAUUUCAGUAUGUUGGAUAACAUAUAUAGCUGUCGGUUAAGAAAAAUAUAUUAGAGACAUUUCUUGUUUUAUUUAUGAAAUGUACUAGAGUUUUAUUUAUUAUACGUAAAUUGUAUUUUUUUUUUAUAAUUAUGUAAAUUGUAUUUAUAGUUAAAAAUAGUAAUGAAAAAGUAUCUGAAUUUGUAUUA